CGGCGCCUGAGGCCGGCGGCGCGGUCUGUGGCGGCGCUGAGUAUAGUGGAUACCGCCAUGAUCGAGCAGCAGAAGCGUAAAGGCCCGGAGCUACCGCUGGUUCCCGUUAAACGGCCGCGACAUGAGUUGUUGUUGGGAGCGGCAGGGUCCGGGCCCGGAGGCGGGCAGCAGCAGGGGACCCCGGGGGCAUUGCUGCAGGCGGGCCCUCCGAGGUGUUCUUCCCUUCAAGCCCCAAUCAUGUUGCUCUCUGGACACGAAGGAGAAGUAUACUGCUGCAAGUUUCACCCCAACGGAUCCACCCUGGCAUCUGCGGGAUUUGACCGGCUCAUAUUGUUGUGGAAUGUCUAUGGGGACUGUGAUAACUAUGCGACAUUGAAGGGACACAGUGGGGCAGUGAUGGAACUGCACUAUAACACAGACGGCAGCAUGCUCUUCUCAGCAUCAACAGAUAAAACGGUGGCCGUAUGGGAUAGUGAAACAGGAGAGAGGGUUAAAAGGCUGAAGGGACACACUUCCUUUGUGAACUCCUGUUAUCCAGCCAGGCGAGGCCCCCAACUUGUCUGCACCGGCAGUGACGAUGGUACAGUUAAGCUUUGGGACAUCCGGAAGAAAGCAGCUAUCCAGACAUUUCAGAACACAUACCAGGUGUUAGCUGUAACCUUCAAUGACACAAGUGAUCAGAUUAUCUCUGGUGGAAUAGACAAUGAUAUCAAGGUUUGGGACCUGCGUCAAAACAAGUUAACCUACACCAUGAGAGGCCAUGCAGACUCUGUAACUGGCUUGAGUUUAAGUUCUGAAGGAUCUUAUCUCUUGUCCAAUGCAAUGGACAACACAGUGCGCGUCUGGGAUGUCCGGCCAUUUGCUCCCAAAGAGAGAUGUGUGAAGAUAUUUCAAGGAAAUGUGCACAACUUUGAAAAGAACCUCCUGAGAUGUUCUUGGUCACCUGAUGGAAGCAAGAUAGCAGCUGGCUCAGCGGACAGGUUUGUGUACGUGUGGGACACCACAAGCAGAAGGAUCCUUUAUAAGCUGCCUGGUCAUGCUGGCUCCAUCAAUGAAGUAGCUUUCCACCCGGACGAGCCCAUCAUCCUGUCAGCAUCCAGUGACAAGAGGCUGUAUAUGGGUGAGAUUCAGUGAAGACGUGGAAUGGAAGCUCCCAGGCUGUGUGACCUGAGGCUCGGACUGCAUCAUUGGCCAGGGUCAGAUGGUGUCCGGGCUGACCUGCCUUCGGAUGACCAGCAUUAGCCGGCAGCUGAGGAGGUGGCCAUAUUCCAGCAGCCACUUGUACCCAUUUACCAGAACAACUGUGGCCUCUGGUACCACCUGCCAGAUUUCAGGGAUUGGUUUCUUCUCUUUAAAAAAUAAGAUUUCUUCAGAGGGACAAACAUUGGUUUGAGGUUUCCUGUUUUUUAAUCUAGGUUGGAGACAGGGAAUGUCAGUUGAAAUUUGCUGGUUGGAUUUGUUUGCUGAUUUAUUUUAAAUUGAGUCACUGGCUUGUAUAUUUUUCUUUCUGUGUUUGAGUCAUUUUGUAUUAAAAAUCCGAACAGAUACCUUUUUACAAGAGCCUCGUAGCCUGGAUCUACUGCUGCCUUUUCUCUGAGGCCUGAUUGCUGUCGGUCAGGGCACACAUGCAUGUAAUCCACUCACAUUUCAGAGG